AUUUGAAUGUUGUCGGGUUAAUCUAUUCCACAAAUUGUCAAAUUGGCAUUAGAUUCUUCAGUUUACAAUUUAUUGCUAAUGUAAAACUAUAGUCUCGUUUUUCAUUUGAAAAAUUGGUUAAAUAUAUUUUUUUAUGUAAAAUUUGAUGGUGCUGCUUGUAAAGUCAAUAUUGCUUUCUAAAAAUUAAUUUAUGUAAGAUAUAUUUACGGUCUAUUUUCCUUUGAAAGUCCAGUUGAUCCUAACGCAAGCGCAUUCUUUAUCAAAUCACGAAGUCACUCGAUUUUCUGGGGUCGGCCUGCAAGGUGGCAAGGCUAAGAGAUGUUGGUAAGAUUCGGUAAUUUUGGUAAUGUGGUCCCUUUGCUGGUCCAGAAUGGACAGCAACAACAGCAAAGGGGUAUGGCCACCCUGAAGGCAAUUUCCAUCCGUUUGAAAUCGGUCAAGAACAUCCAGAAAAUAACACAAUCCAUGAAGAUGGUGUCAGCAGCCAAAUACGCCAGGGCUGAAAGGGAACUGAAAGCUGUGCGCCCCAUCGGUGAUGGAGCUAGCCAGUUUUAUGAGAAAGCUGAAAUUCAACCCUUAGCUGAUGUGCCUCAGAAGUUAGUAAUUGCUAUAACUUCAGACAGAGGUCUAUGUGGUGCUGUUCACACCAGUGUCUCUCGUUACAUUCGUACAGAAUUGGGCAAAGAUGAUCAAAACAUUAAAGUGGUUUGUGUCGGAGAUAAAUCUCGUUCAAUCUUGCAACGUAUCUAUGGAAAAAACAUUAUGCUCGCCUGUAAUGAAGUUGGACGUUUGCCCCCCACUUUCAUUGAUGCUUCUAAAUUGGCUGAUGCUGUUUUGAAGUCUGAUUACAAGUUCAGCACAGGAGAAAUUGUGUAUAACAAAUUUAAAUCUGUUGUAUCUUACAACACACAGACAUUGCCUAUGUUUAGCUUGGCUGCUGUUACGGCCGCGCCAAAAUUAUCAGUCUAUGAUUCGUUAGAUGAUGAAGUAGUCCAGAGCUACCUUGAAUUCUCCUUAGCGUCUCUUCUGUUCUAUUCCAUGAAAGAAGGUGCUUGCAGCGAACAAUCAUCCCGUAUGACUGCCAUGGACAAUGCCAGCAAGAACGCCGGAGAGAUGAUUGACAAGCUGACAUUGACAUUCAAUCGUACCAGACAGGCUGUCAUUACCAGAGAACUUAUCGAAAUUAUUUCCGGGGCUUCUGCUCUUUAAAAUUAAAUCUGGAAGGGUUAUUAAUGGAACUGGUGAUAUCUAUAUAUUUAUCUUUAAAUUUUAAUGGGUUGGAGAGUAAAUUAAAACAAGAUCAUGAGGGAGAUCAGAAAUGCUCUAGUUGCUUUUACUUUUUUUAAUGGGUUAGCCAAACAUGGAUGACAAACGAGUAAUACAGGCUGUUACUGUAAGUUGUUAAACUAUUAAAGAAAAUACUGCCUAAUUGAACAGAAGCCUGUUUUUGAAACUAAUUAAUUUUUUCUAAAUUCUAAAAUGGCGCCGACAUAAUUUUGCAGCCAGGUAUAAGAUAAGAAAUUGGAAUUAAGCCCAAAUUCUCUCGAAACAAUUUUUGUCGUAACAUUAUGCUGUAAUAACUGUUGAAAAGUAAUGGUGGAAAUUCGGUAUUUUUAGAUAUUUAUAUUAAAUAAUAAUUCCUAGGUGAAUGCAAGUUAUUAUCUAGAAAAUUUGAAGGUAACAAUAUAGUUUCAUUAGAAUCAUUUCAGUAACUCUUUUCGCAAUUUUUGUCUUAAAAAUAAUUGAGAAACGCUGUAGGGUUAAAAAUUUAAGUUACAAGAAGUUAGAUUUUAGGUGUAGGCUUAAUGUUUUGUUUUAAAUACUGCUCUGGAUGGUGCAGUGAAGAUGAACGUAAAAAGAAAGUAAGCCCAAAUUCUCAAUUGAAAAAUUUUUACUUUCAUAUUCGCUGUGGCAUUGAGUUGAUGUGAAGAAAUGGUGGAAAUAAAAUUUAUAAUUGUAUAUAUACUAAAAA